GUUGAAUUUCUCGAAUGAUUAAUGUGUUGGAAUCUAUUGCAAUAAAUACUGCAUUAACCUAUUAUGUCAUAUCCAAUUCUUAGUAUUACUCCGAUAUCUAUAUCCAUACUAUUUAAACUUUCUGUCAAGUUAAGUUUCACCAAAACGUAGUUUGUUCUCAGUGAGUCACAUUAUACAGUUUGUCGGAUAAAUAGUUUAUAUUGAUUUUAUUAUUGAUUGUUUGAUUUUAUUGAAUAAUAUACACUUCAUUUGCAUAUAAAAAGUGAUAUAAUGUUUACAAUGAGAAAACAUGUUCUACUGUUAUAUUUUUUUUUGUAUAUAACUCAAUUUAAUGGCGUUCGAGCUGAUUCUCUUCCGGUUGUUUUGUGGCAUGGAAUGGGAGACAGUUGCUGUUUUUCAUUUAGCUUGGGGGCAAUUAAAAAAUUAAUAGAGAAUACAGUACCCGGUAUUUAUGUGUAUUCUAUUCGAUUAGGAAAUAAUGAGAUAGAGGACGUCGAACAUAGUUAUUUUGGAAAGGUUAAUGAGCAAGUACAAAAAGUUUGUCAACAACUUAUAAAGAAUGAACGUCUUAAAAAUGGUUAUAAUGCCAUUGGAUUUUCUCAAGGCGCUCAGUUACUAAGAGCGGUAAUUCAAAGAUGUCCCAAUCCUCCCGUUAAAAAUUUUAUAUCUUUGGGUGGCCAACAUCAAGGCGUUUUUGGCUUACCACAUUGUGGAACAUCGAAUCGUAUAAUUUGCGACUAUAUAAAUCGCGUGAUCAAAUAUGGAGUUUACUUAAACACAGUCCAAGAAAAUUUUGUUCAAGCUACCUAUUGGCAUGAUCCAUACCGAGAAGAAGAAUAUAAAGAGAAAAGUAUAUUUUUAGCUGACAUCAACAAUGAACGUUAUAUUAACGAAUCGUAUAAGGAGAAUCUUCAGAAAUUACAUACCAUGGUAUUAGUAAAAUUUAUUAAUGAUACUAUUGUUUGGCCUCCAGAAUCAGAAUUAUUUGGAUUCUAUAAAACAGGACAAACAUCAUCAAUUGAAACAUUAGAACAAUCUGAGUUGUAUCGUAAGGAUCGCUUAGGAUUAAAAAAGUUACAUGAUACUGGAAGACUUCAUUUUCUUUCCAUAGAUGGAGACCAUUUGCAUUUUACAGAAGAUUGGUUCGUCGAUGAUAUAAUAAAUAAAUAUUUGUUAUAAAAAUAUUAAUUGCAGUAUCGGUGAGGAAAGAAUUUUUUAAAAACUAAUUACUCUUCCACAACAAUAAAUAUUGUUUAGUACCUCUGAAUGACAGCUCUCUAAUCACUUAAAAACAUGUAGGUAUUCAAUGUUAUCGCGAAAAUUAAAUAUGUAUCUAUAUAACUAUAUAACUUAUUUUGUUUGUACUAUAUUUCUACAUGGUUAUUAUAUAUGUAAUACAUCCAAUAAAUUUUUCAUUUUGGUUUAUUUAA